UUUUGACUUAGAUUUUUGCCUACGCCCUUUUGUACUUUCGCCCUUUUGUACUUUUGAUUUUCUGGAUAUUUUCUCGACCAUUCUUUUGCCUUCUGUCUUUGUCUUUGUAUUGCAUCUCCUGGUGACGAAAUCGGACGAAUAAACUACGUUUUUGGAUUAUCCGAUGGUCUGUGUCUGGGUCCUCAGUGCCGUACAUAACACCUAGCUGGUGGCUUGUCAUCUACAGAAAUGUCUAUCAAGUUAAUCAACAAUGCAGCCAUGCCUAUCGUGGGCUUGGGGACGUGGAGGGUAUCUCCUGGACAGUUGGCUGAAGCCCUGAAAGUAGCCAUUGCGACGGGGUACCGUCACAUAGAUGGGGCCUAUGUCUACCAAAAUGAAGGUGAGGUUGGGGCUGCCCUCUGUGCCAUGAUAAAGGAAGGAGUGGUGACAAGGGAAGACCUCUUCAUUGUCAGUAAGCUGUGGUGCACCUUCCAUGAAAAGUUCAAGGUGAAGGCUGCCUGUCAGAAGACCCUGAAUGACCUGAAGCUGGACUACCUGGACCUCUACCUCAUGCACCUCCCAAUGGGUGUGAAGGAGGUUGGAGAUGAGCUGUUUCCUCUGGAUGACAAUAAAAAAGCACUACCCAGCAAUACUGACUUCUUAGACACAUGGGAGGGUAUGGAAGAGCUGGUAGAUUUAAAGAUGGUCAAAGCCAUUGGAGUCUCAAACUUCAACCAUGAACAGAUUGAGGCCAUACUGAACAAACCGGGCCUCAAGCACAAGCCUGCCAAUAACCAGAUUGAGUGCCACCCUUACCUGACCCAGGAGAAACUGAUCGAUUACUGUCACUCCAAAGGCAUCUCUGUGACGGCAUACAGCCCCCUGGGCUCUCCGGAUAGACCUUUUGCACCAGCUGGAGAGCCAACUCUACUGGAGGACCUAAGGAUCAAGGCCAUAGCUGACAAGUACAAGAAGACCACAGCACAGGUCCUGAUUCGUUUUCAUGUCCAGAGGAAUGUGAUUGUUAUUCCCAAGUCUGCCACACCUCAACGCAUAAAGGAGAACUUCCAGGUCUUUGACUUUGAGCUUAGCGAAGAUGACAUGGCAAUUCUCACGAGCUUCAACAGGAACUGGAGAUUCUUUCCCUUACCUUUGUGGACAAACCACAAAGACUAUCCUUUCCAUGCGGAGUACUGAGCACUCUGUUUGGCUUUGAAGGAGGAAGAAGGAUCAGUACCAUUGAGCUGAUCUCAUUGCCGUCUCUAAACAUUGCUUGGGCAGGGAUGUUCCUGAGUACAAAUACAAUGUUCUGUGUUUUAAAUGAAUAUUUCUUUCUUCCAAAUAUAUUCAAUAUUAUUUGUCUUUGGAAGCAUAUCCAUAUAGCUACAAUAGGAUCUGCUUACCAUAUAGCUGCUUACCAAUUAUAUGGGCCAUUUUACAGAAGUGGAAAUGUGUAUUCUUUUUCCAAAAAUCUUAUUACACAUUACACUUCAUACAAGAUAC